AUGAGGACGGCUCCGCGGUACCGAAGGCCGGCCGACGUGACACGGUUAUCCGUGGGCGACCCAAAGUCGGUCCAUUCAAACGACAGCAGAACCGAUCGAAGCGGGUAUGCGCGCGCACCCCACCACGUCAGCCCCCAUACGGCUGAAGGCGGCUCGAGCAUACUUACGACGCCACAGGUCUCGUUGAAUGGGAAAGAAUUUAAAACGCCCGUAGAUCAAUCACGCUCCGUUCCCGACUUAAAAUUGUUUAUGGCAUCGGAA